AUGCAUCCAACUCCAACUCCCCGUUUCUCAAACAAGCAACUCACCGAUUUGGCGUUGGCGUCCAUCAAAAAAGGAAAAAAGGCAAAAGACACGGAGAAACUUCGAGUUUACCUUCUUAUCAAGAUGUUCGCCCUUGCUCUUCACCCAUAUCUUGCUGCCAUGGAGACAGAAAGGUCAUCGACAAAUCCGCCAGUUUCGCGAAAAAGAGACUAUGAUGGACAAUUAUCGACUCCGAGCGCCGACAAACAGCAAUAA